UCUCCCAUUAUCUCCUUCCAUUCCUCUAUUAAUUUGUUCUUAGACAUAGGUAACUAACAAUGUAUUUAUACGGGUAUUGUUGGGUUGUUUAUGUGGUUGUUUGAGGAAUGAGUGUGGAUGUGCUUGACUUGAGAGAACGACAAAGGAAGGGUUGUAGAAAGCAAGCUUGAUAGUGGAUUCUUACUUGAGGUUUUGGCUAUGAAGAAUUUGGUGUAGAUGGUUGGAGAUGGCCUUAUGGAGGGUGUUUGGUAUCUAUCAAUCAUAAACAACCCUUAUUAUAUGCCAAACAAGUAUCAUGUGUCAUUGUUUGACGAAUUGCAUUAUAAGCUUCUUGGCACACCAACUGAAUAUGAUCUUAUAUGUGUUCGUAAUGGUGAUGCAAAGAGGUAUAUUAGGCAACUUCCACAACAUCCACGUCAACAGUUAGCAAAAGUUUUUCAUCGCAUACAUCCUUCAACUAUUGAUCUUGUGGACAAAAUGUUGUCAUUUGAUCCGUCCAAAAGAAUUACAGUUCGAUACAAUCGUAUCUACGUCUGGGGGUCUACCAUUAGUGAGUCCAAUGAACUAUCUUGACAACAAUUCAAACAGACGGUAAAAAGAACGCAUUCUCAACCCAAUGUGCGAUAUAUAUCACACGGUACAACCCCAAUCUAAAGAAGAUAUAGAGGAUUGUCGAGACCUAUUAUGAAAAUUGGUGAGUUGAUGAAGAUAUAGAGGAUUGUCGAGACCUAUUAUGGAAAUUGGUGAGUUGAUGAUGUUGUUUUAUUAAUUUUUAUUUCUCAAUAUGG